CCAGGCUGCUGUCAACUUCCUCUCUCCAAGUCCACAGCCACAGCAUGUUGCCUGUUAGGCUGGAAGGGACCCCCAGGCCAGCUCAUUGUGACUUUCUGUUUUAUACCUGGAAACCCCAGGGCCCAGGGAGAGCAAGGGAGCCACUCAAGGUUGGUUAGCUGCAGCAAGUUUGCUGCAAGCCAGGAGAACUUACCAGGAAAUCCCCAGGAUAUUGUAAUGCUUGACAGCCAAUCCAAUUAAUCAUCAACUCUGUAACAUGAUCUCUGGCUCAUAAAAAAGGGAACCUGUUGAGUCUUUGCAAACCUGACCACUGGCCUUCACCAGACAACUCCCUCCAGACCCAGGGACCUGUGCCCAAGGACCCCAGGCUGAUGGGCGCCCACCUCUGCUCCAAUGCCUCCACCGAGGCUCCCCGAGAGGCGCUGCGCUUCCACGAGGACACCAAGGGCGCGCAGGUGCAUCUGGACGCGCUGGCUAGCACGGCGUGCAGGCGCGCCACCUUCUACGAUGGCAUCGUGUUCAGCCAGCGGCCGGUGCCCCCUGGAGAGCGUGUGGCACUGCGCGUGCUGCAGCAUGAGGGCGGCUGGUGCGGUGGCCUCCGCGUGGGCUUCACGCGACUGGACCCUGCGCACGUGUCCGCGCCCAGCCUGCCGCCCUUCGUGUGCCCGGACCUGGAGGAGCUGAGCCCGACAUGGGCAGCGGUGCUGCCCGAAGGCAGCGUGCUCCCCGGGAAUGUGGUCUGCUUCUGGGUGGACCGCCGGGGCCGGCUCUUUGCCAAGGUCAACGCGGGCCGCCGGCUCCUUCUGCGGAAAGACGUGCUCCUGGGCGCGCCGCUCUGGGCGGUGAUGGACGUGUAUGGCACCACCAAAGCCAUCCAGCUGCUGGACCCCACAGCCAGCCUGGGUCCCACCGCCGUGCCGGCCGUCCGCAGGGAGGAGGCUUUGCCUGAGCAGGAAGUCACACCAGACAACGAGUGCAUCAUCUGCUUCCACCAUGCUGCCGACACCUAUCUUGACCCCUGUGGCCACUCACACUUCUGCAGCUCCUGUGCCCAGCGGAUCUUCAGAGAUACCGCCACGUGUCCUGUGUGUCGCUGGCAGAUCAAGGCAAUAGCCACAGUGUGGUCACCGAGGACUGGGGAAGGCUCAUGAGAGAGGCUCCCAGGUGUAGCAGGUUGGACCUAUCUCUGCAGAGGGAGCAGGCGCAGCCCUGCCCUCAUCCUGGCCUGGGGUCAGGGGGCCUGGCCAGCAGCAGGCAGGACAGAGAGGGAGGCAGGGAGCUGGU